GGCGGGGCGGAGAGAGCAGGAGCCCAUCGGCCAACCGCCGGGCUUCCUGGGGCGGAGAAGCGGUGCCUCUGGGAACCGGGGCGGGAUUGUCUCCUUGGCAACGAUCCUAGCCCUCGCGGAGGGAGGAGGGGGAUCGGGAGAGCAGAGCGGGGCGGGGGCCGGGGGAACGGCAGUGGGCGUGCAGGUGGUGGGGAGCGGAGUUCCAGGAGGGGGUCUCAGGCCCAGGGACUCGGCGAGGCCAAGGGGAGUCCAUCUCUGUUCCCGAGGCGCGCCCGGAGCUGACCCGGAGGCCCGGUCGGGGAGGGAGUUAGACACCGCCCCCACUGGCGCCGGGAAGCGUCGCUCUUCUCGCUGACCUUGGUCUCGCUUGUCGCCUCGCCCUUGGCCACACGCACCGACGACGCGGGGCCCGGGAGAUGGACAGACGGGCCUCUGGAGGGACGGAGACCUAGAACAUAGGCACACACACUGCCCCGGCAGCCCCGCGGGCUCCAGGGCGCCGGGUCCUCGCCCACCCCCAGGCCGGGGCCCUCUCGCCCGGGGUUAAUGCCAACGAGUUUCCACCUCCAGCGGCUCCUAGAGAGGCCGCGGAGCGAGCCGGCUGGGGGACCUGGCCGCGGACGGACACUUCCUGUGCGGGGGAGGGGGGCCGGGCGGCCGUUGGACAGCGCUGCCCAGCCCGAGGCCGGGGGCCAGACGGCGGGGGUCCGGACGGGAGCGGGGUCUGGGGGCGGCGGGGCGGGUCGCGAAGCCUCUCAUCCCAGAGGCCGCGACGCCCGGGGGCUGGUGAGGGCCACCGGGAAGCCGAGACCUUGGGAGGGGGCGGGGCCGCGGACAGGGGAGGGGCCCGGCGCAAGGGAGAGGCCCGGGGUCAAGACGUCCGGCCUCGGGGGCCCCGGCUGGGCCGCCGCGUCCCCUGGGCAGUGCUGAGCGGGCGAGCGGCGGUCGGGGGCCCGGGGCUCAGGGAACCCAGGCCGGGUCGCAGGAUCGGCCACCAUCGCCGCCGCCGCCGCCGCCGCCGCCGCCGCACUGGGAGCCCGCGGGGAUGGAGCGGGAGGCGUCGCCAUGGGGCCUGGAGCCCCAGGAUGUUCAGAGUUCUGACGAAAUGAGGAGCCCCGAAGGGUCUCUCGGAGGCAACAUGAGUGAGAAUGAAGAGGAAAUUUCUCAGCAAGAAGGCACUGGGGACUAUGAAGUCGAAGAGAUACCUUUUGGACUUGAACCCCAGAGCCCUGGGUUUGAGCCACAAAGCCCGGAGUUUGAACCCCAAAGCCCCAGAUUUGAGCCUGAAAGCCCGGGUUUUGAAUCCCGAAGCCCUGCGCUUGUGCCCCCAAGCCCUGAGUUUGCACCCAGAAGCCCUGAAUCAGAUUCUCAGAGCCCUGAGUUUGAAUCCCAGAGCCCUAGGUAUGAACCCCAAAGCCCUGGCUAUGAACCCAAGAGCCCGAGCUAUGAACCCCGGAGCCCUGGCUAUGAACCCCGGAGCCCUGGCUAUGAAUCUGAGAGUUCUAGAUAUGAACCCCAGAACCCUGAGUUCAAAACCCAAACCCCAGAAUUUGAAGCUCAAAGUUCCAAAUUCCAGGAAGGUGAAGAGGUGCUUCUGAAUCCUGAGGAAAAAAGUCCCUUGAAUAUCUCCUUAGGAGUUCACCCCCUGGACUCCUUCACUCAGGGGUUUGGGGAGCAGCCCACCGGGGGCCUGCCCAUAGGGCCACCUUUUGAGAUGCCCACAGGGGCCCUGCUGUCUACACCACAAUUUGAGAUGCUUCAGAAUCCCUUGGGUCUUUCAGGAGCCCUUCGAGGUCCAGGCCGGCGGGGUGGCCGGGCCAGGGCGGGGCAGGGCCCUCGGCCUAACAUCUGUGGCAUCUGCGGAAAGAGCUUCGGGCGGGGCUCCACCCUGAUCCAGCACCAGCGCAUCCACACGGGUGAGAAGCCCUACAAAUGUGAGGUCUGCAGCAAGGCCUUCUCUCAGAGCUCUGACCUCAUCAAACACCAGCGCACCCACACGGGCGAGCGGCCCUACAAGUGUCCCCGUUGCGGCAAGGCCUUCGCUGACAGCUCUUACUUGCUUCGCCACCAGCGCACUCACUCUGGCCAGAAGCCCUACAAGUGCCCACAUUGUGGCAAGGCCUUCGGCGACAGCUCCUACCUCCUGCGACACCAGCGCACCCACAGCCACGAGCGGCCCUACAGCUGCACUGAGUGCGGCAAGUGCUAUAGCCAGAACUCAUCCCUGCGUAGCCAUCAGAGGGUGCACACCGGGCAGAGGCCCUUCAGCUGUGGCAUCUGCGGCAAGAGCUUCUCCCAGCGGUCGGCCCUUAUCCCCCAUGCCCGCAGCCACGCCCGGGAGAAGCCCUUCAAGUGCCCUGAGUGCGGCAAGCGCUUUGGCCAGAGCUCGGUGCUGGCCAUCCACGCCCGCACCCACCUGCCAGGCCGCACCUACAGCUGCCCCGACUGCGGCAAGACCUUCAAUCGCUCUUCCACGCUCAUCCAGCACCAGCGCUCCCACACGGGCGAGCGGCCCUACAGGUGCGCCGUGUGCGGGAAGGGCUUCUGCCGCUCCUCCACGCUGCUGCAGCAUCACCGGGUCCACAGCGGCGAGCGGCCCUACAAGUGCGAUGACUGCGGAAAGGCCUUCUCACAGAGCUCUGACCUCAUCCGCCACCAGCGGACCCACGCGGCGGGCCGGCGCUGACCUGGGGCCCCAGCAGGAGUGGGAGGCAUGGGCAGAAGAUAAGGGGCCAGGGAGCUAGAGGAACCUUUAGGGAGGAUAAUGGAGAAGCCACAGUAGAAUGGAGGAGCUGAGGAUGCUGGAAGAAGAGGGCCAGGGUGGAGGAAGUGACAUACCCUGGAGACUUGGCGGGAAAUGGGUUGAAGGGAGGCCCUGAGAGAAAUGGAGAGAGGUCAGUGGAGGGCUGGCCUCAGCCAGGGCUCUUCGGUAGGUGCCUGGCUUGGCAACGUGCUAGAACAGGGAGGGGGGAGGGUAGGGGGUUACCUAAUUAGAAUGGGGUAGCUUAGAUUGGUAGCUGCUGAGACCCUCUUUGAGUCAGGAGCGGGUAAAGGGUAGGUGGGGUGGGGAGUGGGGCCCCGGGGUGGGGCCUGGGCCUCUGCCCGCAAACCCCAGCCUCCUUUGUCUUCCUCAGGCUUUGGAGCCCCUGAGUUUGAGUUCAAUAAAAACCUUUAUGUGAUAAA